AUGUCUUCUCCUCAGCCUCAGAGGGAGUUUGUCAGCGAUCAGUUAACUCCUGGUGAUGAAGAGUUUGAAGAAGUCAUCGUGAAAUCAGAGGAAGAGCUCGAUGAUCAGCCCAGUCUGCUGGAUUUCACCCGAAGAGACCUCCACCAGAAUGACGUUUGGAAGGAGGAGGCUCUCGCUGACCAUCAGCGCCGUACCCAGAUGAGGAACUCCGGUUUGAAUCAGGAGGAGCCAGAACUUCUGCAGAUGAAAGAGGAGCAGGUUGAAUUUGGACAUCUGCAGAUAAAAGAGGAGGAGAUGGAUUUCCUCAUCAGUCAUGAUGAAGAGCAGCUUGUGCUGAAGGAAGAAUCGGAUGAGGAACGCUUUAACCCUGAGCCAGAACCAAACUGGUACCGACUCGUCUCCCCGGACUCUCCUGAAACUGAUAACCAGGAUCAGGAAGGAAGCAAUUUGGACAACUUGGGGUCUAAGAUUUAUGAAGAGCAAAUUCUAAAUGAGCAGGAUCAGACAACCAGACAGCAUAACCAGUAUUCUGAAAGCUCACAACAAGAAGUACACAGUGUUCACAAAGAUAAGAAACAUUAUUCUUGUAAAAUGUGUGAUAAAAGCUUUUCUCAAAAUAGUAACCUGACUAUCCACAUGAGAAGUCACACAGGGGAGAGGCCUUUCUCAUGUAAGACCUGUGGCAAAGGUUUUACCACAAAAUCUAAUUUAACCCUUCACCUGAGAACUCACACAGGUGAAAAGCCUUUUCCAUGCGUGACCUGUGGAAAAAGCUUCAGUCUAAAAUGUAUUUUAACUGAGCACAUUAGAACCCACACAGGGGAGAAGCCUUUUCCAUGUUUGGCCUGUGAAAAAAGUUUCCCCUCAAAAAACCAUUUGAAUAAGCAUCUCAGAAUUCACACGGGUGAGCGGCCUUUCUCAUGUACGACAUGCGGAAAAAGGUUCAGUCUUAAGUGUAAUUUAACUGAACACAUGAGAACUCAUACAGGUGAGAAGCCUUUUCAGUGUCUGGCCUGUGAAAAAAGUUUUAACUCUAAAAAUCAUUUGAAUAAGCACCUGAGAAUCCACACAGGCGAGAGGCCUUUUGCGUGCAUGAUCUGUGGAAAACGGUUCGCUCAGAAAAGUUGUUUAACGGAUCAUAUGAGAACUCAUACAGGUGAGAAGCCCUUUCUUUGUCAGAUGUGUAAUAAAGCCUUCAGCCUAAGAAAUAGUUUUAAUAACCACAUGAGAACCCAUACAGGCGAAAAGCCUUUUUCAUGCGAUACUUGUAGAAGAACGUUCAGUUUAAAGAGCCGUUUGAAUAGACACAUGAGAUCUCACACAGGCGAGAAACCUUUUACAUGUAAUGCAUGUACAAAAACAUACAGCCUGAAAAGUAGUUUGACUAAACACAUGAAGACUCACGUAGACUAGAAGCACUUCUUCUAAAUGAGGUGAAGAAUGAUGUUAGCAAGAUGGAAACUCCGAACGUUUAAUGCUCUUUUGCUUGUCAACUUUGUGGAAAAUAGUCACGUUCAUUUGACUUGAAAUCUUGCAGAUAACAAUUUGACUUUUUUUAAUGCUUAGAUUUUGGGGUUAAUUGUUAAACUAAAGUCUGAAAAGGCCAGUGUAAAAAGCUUUGUUCUGACAGCAAAACUAGAUUAAAACUGUUUUUGUCAUUUG